CCGAGAUCUCAGUGAAAACCCUGGUCCCUCCAGUCCCGAUAGUGAUCUCCCCCACAGCUGGAUCACAGACACUUCAUGUACAGGUGACACUGGAUUGGAUUGCGUAGAACAAUGAGUCACAGAAAAGCAGAGGGGAAAAAGACAGGUUGGGGCAAUUAUUUCCAACAGACAAAGCUAAACGCCGGCCAAUCUGACUGUCUGAUCUCAGGGAUUGAGGGUGGAGCUAACAUUGAUAAUGGUCAGGGCAGGACAGGAUUGAGAGAAGGAAAGGCAGUUCCCUCCAACACAGAGAAUGACUGUGGAGAAGGAGGUUCGGGUUUAAUACAAACAGAGAAUCAGCCAAAGAGACUGGCUGUGAAACUUCUCAUAGAAUGUACAUUAACAGCCUGGGGGAACCCUCACAUUUACAAACUGCCCUUACAGAAGAAGGUACUUAAUGAGGCUGGACACCUUGUAAAAUGCUCCUUUGGAAAACCCACUAGAAAACACAGUGUGAGGAAAAUCAUGGUUCUUGGAGCAACAGGAGCAGGAAAAACAACCCUCAUCAAUAGGAUGGUCAACUACAUCCUGGGUGUGAGAUGGGAGGACAACUUCAGAUACAAAUUAAUUGAUGAAGAGACAGGAAGAUCCCAGGCUGAAAGUCAGACAUCAUCAAUCACUGCCUAUGAACUGCACCAUCGAGCAGGAUUCCAGAUUGAUUACUCUCUCACUAUCAUCGACACUCCAGGAUUCGGAGAUACCAGGGGGAUAACCCGAGAUAAAUUGAUCACUGAUCAGAUCCGAGAGUUCUUCUCUUCCCCAUAUGGUGUUGAUCAGAUCGAUGCCGUGUGUUUUGUUGCUCAGGCCUCUUUGGCUCGUCUGACCCCGACACAGAAAUAUAUCUUUGAUUCAAUUCUUUCCAUUUUUGGUAAAGAUAUUGCAGAGAACAUCCGAAUCCUGGUGACAUUUGCAGAUGGGCAGGUUCCCCCUGUUCUGGAGGCCAUCAACGUUGCUGAGGUACCGUGUCCCAAAGAUAAAAAAGGUAUCCCACUUCAUUUCAAGUUCAACAAUUCAGCCAUAUUUGCUCAAAGACCAUCUCAUGAUAACUCUGUCAACAAGAGGGACCCUGAUGGUAGCAGUGAGGAGGAGGAAGAUAGCGAUACCUUUGAUGCAACGUUCUGGAAUAUGGGAUCAAAGAGUAUGGAGAAAUUCUUUUCAGCUUUGAACAAAAUGGAAACAAAGAGUUUAUGUUACACAAAGGAGGUCCUGAGGGAGCGUCAGCAGCUGGAGGCUGCGAUAGAAGGAUUACAGCUACAAAUCCAAAUGUGUUUGACCAAACUGGAGGAGAUCAGGAAGACACAACAAGCUUUGAACCAACACCAGCUCGAUCUGGAUGCAAAUAAAGAUUUUGAGUAUGAGGUUUUUGCCCCAUUUUUAAAAAGGAUAGAUAUCAGUGGCAAUAAUUCGGCAAGCAACUGCUCGAAAUGUAAGUUCACCUGUCACUAUCCCUGUACUAUUGCUCGUGGUGUUUUGAAGCGGUUCUGUGAGACAAUGACCUGGAAGGGGAACUGCACAGUCUGUCCAAAUAAAUGCAAGUCAUCUUUUCAUUCAAAUGAAAACUACAGAUUUGAAUAUGGAACCAGAAAGGUAAAAAAAACAUACAGCGAGCUGAAGGAAAACUAUGAGAAGGCUCUUGAUGAAAAGAUGACACAAGAAAAAAUCAUAAAGAAACUUCAGCAGGAGUUAGAGGAGGUGCGGCAUGUGGUGUCGAAGUUGAUUGAAACAUCAUCCAAGUGUAUUUCACGACUUGAGGAAAUAGCUCUCAGACCAAACCCAUCAUCAACUGCAGAUUACAUUGAGCUGCUGAUUCAAUCUGAGAAAGAGGAGGCAAAGCCUGGAUACAUGGAGAGAAUCCAGUCAUUGAAGGAACUCAAACAAAGGGCUGAGAUAAUGGCAACAGUAGCUAGGAACGAGAAUCCAAACAGAUACAAAGACAAAGGUGAAGAUGAAAAGAAAGACCUUAGGGAAAGAUUGAGUGAAAAGAUUUCUGCCGUGUGCAGUUGGCUCCAGAGUGCUCAGGAGAAAGAUAAACAUGAUGGAAAGUCUGAUUAACAUAUGAUGUCAUUCAGUUAUGAAUGUUCUGAAGAGUAAAGCUUCCCUCUAUUCAUAUAAAAAACUUUCUUUCCAAAAAUAAAAUUCCUAAGUCUACUUCACUGAUUAAACCAAUUCCAUCCAACUGUAACCAAAAUGGGAACGAUUACAAUCUCACUUCAUAUCGACUUCAACAAUUUAAAUUCCUCAUUCCAGUUCCUUCCUGUUGGGAGAGUGAGGUGUUUACUGGCAGAUCUCCUGGUUUGAAAAUGCUUCAGUUAAUAACAUAAAAAAUAGCAGAAGGAGCAGAACAUAAAACCUAUCCAACCAUCUUCACAAUUAACUGUCAUCAUGACUGACAUCCAGCUUUGUUUAAACUUUCGUAUUUACUCCCCAGAUCAUGCAAUUCUCAGAAUAAACCAAACAUCUGUAUUGCAAUCUUAAAUUGUAUUGACUGAGGAUUUCUAUGAUUCACAACACUGAAGAAGUUAGUAAUGAUUUCUGUCCUAAGUGAUUGUGCUCUGCUCCUGAAACUGUGCCCACUUGUCCUAGAUUUCCCACCAAUGGAGACAAUAUCUAUUAUAAGGCCAUUCAAAAUGUUGUAUUUCCCUAUGGAUUUUUACUGCUUGGAAUAUGAUCCCAGUGGCCGGAGUGUGGUUGCCAUCUUGACAGUUUGAGUUGUAGGUUUAAGUUCAUCUUGUUGGGUGGGUGAUGGUCUAAUGAUGCCACUGGAAUCUUCCUUAGCUGAUAAAUCAGUGGUCCUACAUGUUGAGCAGCACUUGGAGAAAACAGUGCAGGGUGCAAGGGCAUAUAUAUUUUGGAUGGAGUAUUUCAACAUGCCACUGGUCAGCAUCACUCCAGAUCAAGCUCUAAAGGACAUAGCUGUUGGACUGGGACUACAGCAGGUGAUCGGGGAAAAGGCAUAUUCAUCCCAUGAUAGCACAUGAUCAAUACAUUGAGAGAUCAAGGAUUGAGAAGUAUUGGAUCCAGAGACAGAGAAUGUGGUUUGCUUUACAUUCACAUCCCUGUAGCAAGAGGAUUUCUAUCUAAUUACACAUACCAACCACAAAAAUAGGUUUCUGAUUCUAUCCUGACCAAGUUUGGCAAAGAUAUGGCAGACAACAUCUCUUUGCAAUGUACAUAAAUGUGCCUUCAGGCUUUCCAUUGCCAUAUGACCUCAACUGUGAGGCACUCACUGUUGAAUCUGCUUUACAGUCAGUUGCAUAAAGACACACUAUAGACCAGACUGCUUCUUGUGGGCUCAUCGCAAAAUCCCAAUCCUAGUGACGGUCACAAAUGGCCAAGUUCUCUCCUACUGAGGAGGCCGUCUCCAUUGCUGAGUGUGCAAAAGAAAAAAUGAUUUUCUGCUUCACUCCAAUUUCAAGAAUUUAGCCAUAUUUAUCCAAAGAUCAACUUCAGGCAACUCUGCUCACAAUAGGAGCCACAGUCACUUUUCCAAAACUCAGGUAGACUGUCACUUGAUAUUUGGAAAAAAAAACCCUUCUAGAACUUUUUUAUAAUGUCCAUUCUUUUCGGUCAAUAUUAUUCAUGGCAUCACUUAGGUACCUCUGUCUCCAUCUUGUGAUUUGGCCUUGUUGUUCUCAGCAGUUCAUUGGAAUGUUGCCAAGGAGAUAAAAUGCAUGUGGAUACCAUUUUCGAUUUUAAAGACAUUAAGAGGCUGAGGUAGAAGCUGGGAGUGUGACAUUGGAAUAGAGGAUCAUCCAGGAUCAAAUUGAAUGAUGGAGCAGUCUUGAGGGCUGAAUAGACUAUUCUUAAUUUCUAUGUUACUCAGAGCGUGUUCGCUGUUGCUCAUGCUGUGUCCUUGCACUGAUCUUGUUAAAGUUCCCUCCUUGGACAGCAGUGUUUCUGGUAUUGCUGAUGGCCUUUUCCAUGUUUCCAGCUCUGGUCUAAGUGAACAUGGACUCAGUCUUUUCUUAUUUGCUUGCAAUUUCAGUAAAAGUGAAUGACCUUGGUAUCUCAUCAUCACUGAUAGCUUUUGCUCAAUUCCAGUCAUUUUGGUAGUCACUGUGCAAGUAUAGUUUCUCAUUUAAACAGUGCAAAUCAAUGUUGAAGUAUUAACUUCCUCUUUCCUCCCCUCAGCUGUUGUCCCGGGUCACCUGGAGGAUUAUUUUGCCUGAGUCUUACAUCUUCUUUCAUUCAACAAUUCUGCAGUUGGUUUCAUGUCAGCCUGGAGGGAUAUGGGUCAAAGUGACGAGAAGGCAAGUUGUGGGUCUUACUUUGUGUCUCAGCAUUUCACAAGGAUUCUUUUGAUCAUCUGAUCAAAAUUUUAUCUUCACAUAAUGAUGUCUAACCCAUCCUGUUUCGUGAAAACCCAAACUUGCUGAAUGUGAAUUGGAUGCCUUCUCCAAUAUUAAUCUUUCAAGGAUCCGUUGUUCAGCAAGCCAAUCUUGUAUUGCUGUGACUCUUGGGUCUUUAAAAAGGGCACAUUUGAAGUAGUCAGUUGCGUUAUGACAGUGUGCUUCUUGUGUGUGAACAAACCAGUUCCCACAAUGUGUCAUGGUCUGGAUUGUACCUUGGUAGCUAUCAACCCCUUUUUCUGUGUCUGUUUCUUUGGCAUAAAUUGCACGCAGACUCCAAAUUUUCAAUGACUUUAUAAUGCACUUCAAAUGCACAAUUGGUUUGGCUCUGCACUUCUAUUUCUCCAUUCCAACGUGCUCAACAUACGUUUUCUGGUAAGCUCUUCCUGCAUUAUAUUGGGUGUGUUUAUUCCGGAUCUGGGCCACACAACUACCAUCUUUCACUGAGCUGUCAUCACUGAUAGACCAGAGCAGCCAUACUGCUGACUGCAUUUGCUGUAUCUGAUCAGGCCAUCCCUGGAUCACUUGCCGAGGGAGCAUCUGUAACUCCUUCACUUUUCAAUCUCAUCUCUAAUCAGAUUCAGUUUCAGAGCAGUGUCACCUUCACAAAGUGGUGAGCCUUUACAGAACAUAGAACAUAGUACACUACAGCGCAGUACAGACCCUUCGGCCCUCGAUGUUGCGCGGCCCUGUGAAACCAGUCUGAAGCCCAUCUAACCUACAUUAUACCAUUCUUGUCCAUAUGCCUAUCCAACGACCAUUUAAAUGCCAGUAAAGUUGGUGAGUCCACAACUGUUGCAAGCAGUGCGUUUCACAGCCCUAUUACUCUCUGAAUUAAGAAGCCACCUCUCACAUCUGUCCUAUAUCUGUCACCCCUCAAUUUGAAGCUAUGUCACCUCAUGCUAGCCAUCACCAUCCAAGGAAAAAGGUUCUCACUAUCCACUCUAUCUAACCCUCUGAUUGUCUUAUAUGUCUCAAUUAAGUCACCUCACAACCUUCUUCUCUCUAACAAAAACAGCCUCAAGUCCCUCAACCUUUCCUCAUAAGACCUUCCUUCCACACCAGGCAAAAUCCUAGUAAAUAUCCUCUGAACCCUUUCCAAAGCUUGCAAUACUUCCUAUAAUGCAGUUAUCAGAACUGCACGUAUGGAAGUUAUUAUGGCAGUAAUGUAAUUAAUUUAGUGUUGCCAUGCAUGCCCGGGAUCACUUUACACGGCUCCAGUGACAGAUAAUGUGAUAGGUUAGUUAAAUCACUGGAAGAUGAGCUAAUGAUGAAGAUGGUGGUGUCGUAAUGUGAGAGGUUAAGUGUGAUGGAGGGAACCAGUGUGGCAGAUGAUGAUUGGUUUGGAAAGACAAAAUAAGCCAGCAUGAUUGGCUCUGCCAAUGUUACCCGAUAAGCGUGGGACCAACAAAUUGUAUAAAUUGGUCAGGGAAGGCAUUUUUCUGGCUGCUACAGCUUUGAUUUUGCAGGAUUAACGUUUAAUUUCGUGGAGGAUUUUCUGUGUCUCCUGGUAAUUUUUUACAGAGCAUUGAGUAACUCUUCCACAACACAUGUAAUACUCCAAGCAUGGCCGCAUCAGAGUCUUGUACUGCUGCAGCAUGACCUCAUGGUUCUGAAACUCGAUCCCUCUACCAAUAAAACCUAACACACCGAAUGCCUUCUUAACAGUUCAAACAACCUAACUGGCAACUUUUAGGGAUCUAUAUACAAGCGCAACAAGAUCUCUCUGCCCGUCUACACUACCAAGAAUCUUAUCUUUCCCCCAGUACUCUGUAUUCUUGUUACUCCUUCCAAAGUGAAUCAUCUCACACUUUUCUGCAUUAAACUCCAUUUACCACCUCUCAGCCCAGCUCUGCAGCUUAUCUAUGUCCCUCUGCAACCUACAACAUGCUUCAGCACUAUCCACAACUGUACUGACCUUAGUGUCAUCUGCAAAUUUACUAUCCCAUCAUUCUACACCCUCAUCCAGGUCCUUUAUAAAAAUCACAAACAGCAGUGGCCCCAAAACAGAUCCUUGCAGUACACCACUAAUAACUGAACUCCAGGAUGUACAUUUCCCAUCAACCACCACCCUCUGUCUUCUUUCAGCUAGCCAAUUUCUGAUCCAAACCACUAAAUCACCCUUCAUAUUUUGUGCAGUAGCCUCCCAUGGGAAACCUUAUCAAAUGCCUGACUGAAAUCCAUAUACACCACAUCAAUGGCUUUACCCAUAUCCACCUUUUUGGUCAUCUUCUCAAAGAACUCAAUAAUGUUUGAGAGGCGCAACCGACCCUUCACAAAACCAUGUUGACUAUCCCUAAUCAAUUUCUUCAUUUCUAGAUGAUUAUAAAUCCUAUCUCUAAUAACCUUUUCCAACCCUUUACCCAGGCUCACUGGUCUUUAAUUGCCAGGGUUGUCUCUACUCCCCCUCUUGAUCAAAGGAACAAGAUUUGCCAUCCUCCAGUCCUCUGGCAAUAUUCCUGUCGACAAUGACGGCAUAAAGAUCAAGCCAAAUGCUCGACAACCUCCUCCCUGGCUUCCCAGCAAAUCCUAGGAUAAAUCCCAUCGGACCCAGGGGACUUAUCUAUUUUUACAGAAGUUCUAACACCUCCUCUUUGUGAACCACAAUCCAUCUAGUCUAGCAGCCUGUUCCUCUGUAUUCUCCUUGACAACAUUGUCUUUUUCUGUUGUGAAUCCUGAUGAAAAAUAUUCAUUUAGUGCUUCCCCUAUCUCCUCUAACAUCAAGCACAACUUCCCACUAUUGUCCUUGAUUGGCCCUCAUUUUACUCCAAUCAUUCUUUUAUCCCUUAUAUGUCUAUAGAAAGCUUUAGGGUUUUCCCUGAUCCUAUCUGUCAAUAACUUCUCAUGUCCCCUUCUCACUCAUCUGAGCUCUCUCUUUAGGUUUUUCCUGGAUACCUUGUAACUCUCAAUCGCCAUAACUGAGCCCUCAUAUCUCAUACUAACAAAUGCAUUAUUUUUACACUUGACAAGAGAUUCAAUUUCCUUCGUAAAUCAUGACUCCUGCGCUCAACAACUUCAUCCCAGCCUGACAGGUACAUACUUAUCAAGGACCCGCAGUAGCUGUUUCUUGAAUAAGCUCCACAUUUCAACUGUGCCCAUCCUCUGCAAUUUCCUUUCCCAUCCUAUGCAUCCUAAGUCUUGUCUAAUCACAUUGUAAUUGCCUUUCCCCUAGUUCUAACUCUUGCUCUGAGGCGUAUACCUAUCCCUUUUCACCACAAAAAUAAACAUAACCAAAUUGUGGUCACUAUCACCAAAGUGCUCACCUACAUUUGUGGGCGGCACGGUGGCACAGUGGUUAGCACUGCUGCCUCACAGCGCCAGAGACCCGGGUUCAAUUCCCGCCUCAGGCGACACAUUCUCCCCGUGUCUGCGUGGGUUUCCUCCGGGUGCUCCGGUUUCCUCCCACAGUUCAAAGAUGUGCAGGUCAGGUGAAUUGGCCAUGCUAAAUUGCCCGUAGUGUUAGGUAAGGGGUAAAUGUAGGGGUAUGGGUGGGUUGUGCUUCGGUGGGUCAGUGUGGACUUGUUUACUGUAAGUAAUCUAAUCUAAACCUCCAAAUCUAAUACCUGGCCUGGUUCAUUACCCAGUACCAAAUCCAAUGUCCCUUGUUGGCCUGUCUAUAUACUGUGUCAGGAAACCCUCUUGCAGACAUUGGACAAAAACUGACCCAUCUAAUUCCCAGUCAAUAUUUGGCAAGUUGAAAUCCUCCAUAACAACUACCCUGUCACUCUCGCUCCUAUCAAGAAUUGUCUUUGCUAUCCUUUCCUCUCCAUCUCUGGAACAAUUCGGGGGCCUAUAGAAAACUCCCAACAGGGUGACGACUCCUUUCCUGUUUCUAACCUUAGCCCAAACUACCUCAGCUGACGAGUUCUCAAAUGUUCCUUUUGUAGUCGUAAUACUGUCUUAGACUAAUAAUGCCACACCAUUGGAAGAGGGAGUUGAAGGGUGAUUAGAUUAGAUUACUUACAGUGUGGAAAAAGGCCCUUUGGGCCAACAAGUACACACCGACCCGCCAAAGCGCAGCCCACCCAUCCCCCUACAUUUACCCCUUAACCUAACACUACGGGCAAUUUACCUGGCCUGCAUAUCUUUGGACUGUGGGAGGAAACCGGAGCACCCGGAGGAAACCCACGGAGACAAUGUGCAAACUCCACACAGUCAGCUGCCUGAGUCCGGAAUUGAACCCGGGUCUCUGGCGCUGUGAGGCAGCAGUGCUAACCACUGUGCCACCAUGCCGCAGACAAUACGAAGAUUGGUGGAGUUAUGGAUAGUGAGGAGGGCUGUUGUCAGCUGCAAAGGGACUUAGAUAUGAUGCAGAGCUGGGCUGAGGAGUGGCAAAUGGAAUUCAACCCUGUCAAGUGUGAGGUUGUCCAUUUUGGAAGGACAAAUAAGAAUGUGGAAUACAGGGUUAACGGUAGGGUUCUUAGUAAGGUGGAGGUGCAGAGGGAUCUUGGGGUCUAUGUCCAUAGCUCUUUGAAAGUUGCCACUCAGGUGGAUUGAGCUUGUAAGAAGGCCUAUGGUGUAUUAGCAUUCAUUAGCAGAGGGAUUGAAUUCAAGAGUCAUGAGGUGAUGUUGCAGCUGUACAGGACCUUGGUAAGGCCACAUUUGGAUUACUGUGUGCAGUUCUGGUCACCUCACUUUAGGAAAGAUGUGGAAGCUUUGGAGAGGGUGCAGAGGAGAUUUACUAGGAUGUUGCCUGGAAUGGAGAAUAGGUCGUACGAGGAUAGGUUGAGAGUGCUAGGCCUUUUCUCAUUGGAACGGCGAAGGAUGAGGAGUGACUUGAUAGAGGAAUAGAUAGAGUAGACAGUUAAAGAUUUUUUUCCCUGGGUAUAACAGAGUGUUACAAGGGGACAUAAAUUUAAGGUGAAGGGUGGAAGGUAUCGGGGGGAUGUCAGGGGUAGGUUUUUUACCCAGAGAGUGGUGGGGACAAGGAAUGCGCUGCCUGUGGGAUGGCAGAGUCAGAAUCAUUGGUGACCUUUAAGCGGCAAUUGGAUAGGUACAUGGAUUGGUGCCUAAGCUAGGACAAAUGUUCGGCACAACAUCGUGGCCUGUUCUGUGCUGUAUUGUUCUAUGUUCUAUGUUCUAUCACCACCUCUUUUACCAUCUUCAAUGUUCUUAUUGAAAUAUCUAAACCCCUGGAACCUGCAAUAACCAUUCCUGACCCUGCUCUUUCCAUGUCUCUGAAAUAGCCACAAUAUCAAAAUCCCAGGUAUUGAUUCAUGCUGCAAGUUCACCCACCUUAUUCCAGAUGCUUCUGGUGUUGUAACAGACACACUUCAAAGUAAUGUUUUGCUUGCCGGUGCCCUCAUGUGAUCCUGAAACCUUAUUUCGGACCUCUCUACUCUCAACAUCCUCUAUAUUCAAACUCCAAUUUCGGUUCCCAUCCCCCCACUGAAUUAGUUUAAACUCCCCUCAGCAAAUCCCGCCUCCGUCCACUCCCAGGAUAUUCAUACCCCGCUGGUUCAGGUGAAGACCAUCCAAUUUGUAGAGGCCCCUUUGGAAGUUAACCUCAUAGAGAUUACUUUGCUAUAUCUUCUAUCCCAUGUUUCUCCUGUGGCAGCAACUGAGAACUGUGCCAGCUCCAUUUCUCUUCCUGGAUUGUAUUUUAGAUUGGAAUUGUAACUCAGACCACAAGAAUAACAUUAGGCACCUUGCUGGUGCUUUCUUGUAGGUUUGAUCCAUUUAUCACUCUCCACCAUGAACUUUCUGACGUGGAUAUCAACAUGGAAAUUUUCAAGUCCAUAAAAGUGCUUUUUUUUAAUCAGCAUAUCUGAUCUGAGCCAAGGAUGGAGUGUUGGAUGUCAAUGCUGCUAAAUUGCUCUCUUUUACAAGGGCACUGCCAGUCCCCUUGCUAUAAGCGCCUAUUGUCAGGGGACAGGUUUCUUUCGAGAGGAAUAUAAUAGACUUAACUACUGCCAGAACACCUUUCGGAAUUGAUUGAAACUUCUGUCAGGAAACUGACAACUAGCACUCUCAACUUCCUUCAUCCCCUCCAACAGGUUUGCUGUGUGUUUUGACACAUUUAAUAUAAGGAAGUUCUGUAAUGGAUCAAGUCAAAGAAUCUGCUCAACUCUGUCUCUAUUGCUUGUGCUUUUUAGGAAACUACUGAAUGUAGUCUAUUUUAAAAAUGUUUGAAUGCCACUGAGAUAUAAUCAGCUUUCUGAUUUAUUUUGAGCUGUAGCGGUGCAUUCAUUGCCAUCUCUAUCAAUGUGCUAGAUUUACAAAACUGCACUAUUCAAGGUGCUUUCAUCCUGGCAUAAAUGUAGGUUGAUUCUCCAAACCAGUGUUGAGUUAAUUUGGAAUACAAUCCCUACCGUGUGGAAACAGGCUGUUUGGCCCAACAAGUCCGCACCAACCCCCUGAAGAGUAUCCCACUCGGUCCCCUACCCUAUAUUCUAUACUUAUCCUGACUAAGGCAUCGAACCUACACAUCCCUGAACACUAUGGGCAAUUUAACAUGGCCAAUCCACCUAACCUGCACAUAUUUGGACUGUGAGAGGAAACUGGAACAUCCAAAGUAAACCCACACAGCCGCGGGGAGAACAUGAAGAUUCCACACAGUCACCCGAGGCUGGAAUCAAUCCUGGGUCCCUGACGCUGUGAGGCAGCAGUGCUAACCACUGAGCCACCGUGCCUUCCCGAAACCAUUUAAUAUGGUUUAGGCUUACUCACAGUCACUCACUGCCACUAUGCCAUGUAUUCUGUCUUCUUUGUUUCCAGAUGUUAGAAUUAAUCACCUCUUAAACUUUUAAAGAUGACAAAUUUUUGUUUAGUAUUUGCCAUGCUCACUUGUUCACAAGAAUUUGUUUAGAUUGGUUCUCUCAUAUAUUGCAAUGACUCUCUAGUUCAGCCUGACCCCUGAAUACUGACACAUAUCUAGCCAAUUAAUUACUAGUCCUUUUCAGAUAAAAAGAAUAAACUACACAAUGACUACCUAAAUAAAAGACAGAGGAACUAACCAUGACAUUAACAUAUAUACACAACUUUUCCUUUAAUUAUGUUAACAUUUCAUUCGAAGAAAACAUUCUGAAUCAAUA